AUGUCGCCGGUUAACGUUUCGAAUUCGACGUCCUCCAAUGACGACGUCGAACGGAUAGGGAAGACGGUUGGAUUGGUCAUCAUCGUUUUGCUUUCCGUGAUCGGGCAUAUCAUCUACUUCGUGACAUUAUUUCGAACUCCACGACUACGUGUUCGAACUGGACCAUGGUAUCUCUUCACCAACAUCGCCCUAGCCAAUGUCGUCGCCGUCGUCUUCUCUCUUAUCCCCAACAUCCUCGCUACGUGGUCGGGAUCGUGGACGUUAGGUGAUGGGUUCUGCACCGCCUCAGCAUUCUUGACCAGGUUUACUUUCUAUCAAAUAUGGCACACGGUUGGAAUCCUCUUCGUAGAACGGUACGUGAGGAUCAUGGUGCCGCUCAAGCACAAGGAAAUCUUCAGGGUUAUACCGACGAUGAUCCUUCUGAGUGCGCUCUGGUUUUUCGACGCCGUUCUGUCCAUGUUUCCCUUGAUCAACUGGGGAGGGUAUGGUUACCUCAUCACAGAAGGACAGUGCGCCCACUCUGUCGAUGGCUACCAGAAGAAUGUGUCUCAUCUGUAUUUCACCAUCGUCAUGGGCAUCGUCCUUCCGAUGUUUCUUUCGAUCACGUUGUUUGUCGUUACUGUGCGUGGAGCAUUAAGGCGCUCGAAAGAUAACGAGGACAUCUUUAAAGAGGAGUUAGAAAUCCCGGAAUCGUAUGGCUACAAGCUGAGACGCCGCGAAAAGACACUCGCACGAACCAUCAAGAACCCGACCUUGACGGAGGAGAGGAUGAAGAAACUAAGAAAGCGACAAAAGAAACGAAUUAAAAAGAAAAAUAAACGGGCAAAGCGUGAAGAUGAAAGUGCAACUCAUCGGCGGUACAAGGAUGCAAAGCGGAAGAAACGAGCAUGUCGAUAUCGUCCCAAUGAAAUGGCGUUUGUAAAGACAGCAGCGCUUAUCCUCCUAUCCAUCAGCAUCUGUUGGAUCCCUUAUCUCAUUGUCAAAGUUUUCGAGACCUACGACAUCGUACUCCCAUCAAUCAUCGUAGUCAUCGUCGCUUUCCUCUCCUACUUCAGCCACGCGGUUUGUCCCUUCAUCUACAUCAUCAGCAGCAGGAGCUUCAGACGAAAUAUCAACAGAGCAUUUUGUCGCGCUUGUCUCAGAGCUAGUAAGAGAAAGAAGAAGUCAGAAGAAAGGAGACAGAGAAAUGUCCAGGAAGGUGGAAUCAUCCAUGAUAAUGAGGCCUAUCUAGGUGAUGAGGAUUCUGGAGUUGAGGCUGUUUCAGAAACUAUGUAA